AUGGAUCCCGAGUACUUCAGCGAUAAUCGAUUGUCCCUUGUGGCCAACGAAAACUGCAAAAUCAGAGCCUGCAAGCCGCCGAGAAUCGAAGAAUUCCCACCUGAUCUUUUCACCCAAGAGCAGAGAUAUUACGGAGGAGUAGCAUUUCAUUUUUUGAUCUGCCUCCACAUCUUCUGCGCUCUUACGGUGGUUUGUGAUGACUAUUUUGUUUCAUCGCUCAAUCGCAUCACGAAAUGCUUGAAGCUAAAGCCAGACGUGGCUGGCGCAACUUUCAUGGCGGUUGGAAGUUCAGCUCCGACCCUGUUCAUCUCCAUAAUAUCGACGUUUUUUACAGAGGGGGACAUCGGUCUUGGGACCAUUGUGGGCUCCACGAUAUUUAACACGCUGUUCAUUAUCGCUUUGUGUGGAAUCGGGGCUGGUGUGACAAUGCAUCUUACCUGGUACCCAAUCUUUAGGGAUUCUAUCAUGUAUAUCCUAAGCGUGCUGAUUCUUAUGUUCUCGCUAUACGACCGAAAAAUCCACUGGUACGAAAGCGUGGCGCUUUUCGUUGCUUAUACAUUGUACAUUAUCGUGAUGUACUUCAAUGAUUCUCUGGAAGAGUGGGCGCAGGAAAUGAAGGAAAAAACAACGAAGAAAAAGGAAGAGAAAGAAAGCAAAAGAAUAGAAAUAAAAUACGAAGAAGUUCAGGAUAUAAAUGAAAGUACUGAAAAUCUGCAUGAAUCUGAAGAGACUGAAAAUCGGUUGAAGCUGCCUAAAGGUUCAGUCUUUUCCAAGGCUAUGUGGAUUUUCACUCUUCCCUCUAUAAUUUUGUUCUUUUUCACUAUCCCAGACUGUCGUAAGAAGAAAUGGCAAAAGUUCUAUCUCCUGACAUUUACUUCGUCGGCGAUAUGGAUGGGCGGUCUGUCCUAUGUUCUCGUGUGGAUGGUAUCCCUGGUCGGAUACACUUAUAAUAUCCCAGAGUGCGUCUUGGGCAUGACGUUUCUCGCUGCAGGCAGCAGUCUCCCAGACGCCAUUGCGAGCUUAGUAGUAGCCAAAUUAGGAAGAGGCGAUAUGGCAGUUUCCAAUUGCAUUGGAAGUAACGUGUUUGAUAUGUUGUGCCUUGGCAUAACUUGGCUGAUCAAAACUACUAUCAUUACUCCCAACACCGCGGUUUAUAUUCAAAGCGAGAAUAUAUUUUUCACCAGUGGGAUUUUAAUAGCGAGCAUUUUAUGCACAAUAUUGUUGAUAGUCUUAAACAAAUGGAAACUUGAUGAAAAACUGGGCGUUAUUUUCCUUGUAAUGUAUUUACUUUUUCUCGGUAUUGCUACUUUUAUAGAAGUUUUGCCUUGUUGUUGAGAGCUGUAUUUUUAUGCUUUUUUUGAAGUCGGUGAAAACAGAGUGGCCUGGAAGAAAUGCGUGAAGAUUUCUAGUGACUAUAUAUACACAUGGGCAUGGUAGCUUUAUGAAGCGAGCCAUUCAAAUAAAAGCUGUUUGGCAUUUUUUUGUUGCAGUAGAGUGUAAGUUAUUGCGAACUUAAUUUUCAUUAAUGACGUCAGUUGGAUCUAGGGCUCUUCACCUCAGUUUCGGUGAAAAGUUAUAAUGCUUAUAGACCCACUGGUUUGUCUCAUAGAGAAACAGAGAGGUACGGAAACUUGGCGUUAUCAACCAAAAAGAAAACGAAAAUUUCUAUCCAUAAACUAACUCAGUACUAAGUAGCGUGCGCUACCAUUUCUCUCUGGGAUUUCCUUAUACUAUUUUAAAAAAAGAUUUCCUUUACACGUAUUCACGAUACAGGCGUCAUUUGAAGGAACUGGAUGAUAAAUUAAAAGACUCCAAGAUGACACAAAAGUUUCCCAGGAGAAUAAGUGUACUUCAUCACAGGAAGCGCCAUUUCUUCAACUGCAGCAGCCAUGCGAUCAUCGAAGUUCUUCAGUAUCAGACAAUCUUUUCAUUGCAGCAGAGACGGGAAGGUGCAAUAGUGAUACACGGUCUUAUUUGCCUGUAUUGCUUUGGUGCAUUAGCAAUCUUGUGUGAUCAUUAUUUCUGCGCAUCUCUUGAGAAGAUUUGCAAAAGGUAAGUCUCAAAGGCCCUUUUUGAGGGGCUUAUUUUUGGAAGGGCCUAUAUUCGGAGGGGCUUAUGUACGGAGGAAAAUUUGCGUUAUAAAAUCCCUUUGGCCAGCUUGCAGUGGAAAGGAAAUUUACCAUUUUUGCUUUGUUUUAUUUUGUAUUCGAGGGCAAAUUCCAAGUACAAACCCCCCGGGGGGCUUAUAUUUGGAAGGGCGAUUUAACGGAGGGUUUUUUGCGUUACGAUUUUGGCGGGCUUAUAUUUGGAGGGGCUUAUACAUGGAGGGGCUUAUUUUUGGAAUUUUACGGUAUGUCACGUGGUAUUGCAGCAGUUUAGGUAAAUUCUGAGGUCAUUACCUGCCUCGUACGCAGACGUCUCUCUCUCACUGAAAAUGUGCGCGCAAAGGAAGGCAGGACGGAGACCACGGGCUUCGCCUGCCGUCUGUACCCUUCCCAUGGUCCCUUGCGGUUCUUCACCAGUCACGCGUUUCGCGCUCGCCUCUGCCAUGCGAAAAACGAAGCGCCUGAGGAGGAGGCUGGGACAUUACUAAGUACCUUCACCCAUACACAAAAUGCUAUUAUAGCGGUAUGAAAACGAUACGAAAAAUUUCAUUAGGAGCACUAGAAAUAAUACUUUCUUGCUUUUAGUGAUUUUUGCAGGUAUCGCAUUAAAACUUGCCAAGGUCGGCCCAACUUUUUCAAGUUUCAAUCCAUGUUCAUCCUAUCCAUCCGCUGCAACAGACGACAGGAAACAGUUUCGAUGCCUAAAUAUAGUUUUAUAUAACAAAACCGGAUCAUUAUUGUUUCGAAGGGUGAAUUCGAUUGAUGCCAAAAAAGUUUUAGCUUUUUAAAAGGAUAGCAGAUGGCGUUACAUAGCUCCUUCAAAUGUCAAAGAAUUCACUGCUGUGGCCAAACAAAAUAGUUGGUCAUUUUAGGCUUUGGAAUUGACAAAAUGCAGACGACUCAGCUUGACUUUCAACGGCGUGUUUUUCGGAGAUACACCAUUGUCAGUAGUUCAGUAGCUUCAGAAUUAUAAUUUUGACUGCCGUUUCUUACACCGUUCAGUUAAUUGCACCCUACCAACUGCAUCUCCUCGCCUUGCGUUGCGGAAGGAACUUCACGUCACUCAAGCUUUGAUUGCCAUAAGGAAAGGGCCGGGGUGUUGUCGGUAGCCAUUGCACAAAAAAAAAAAGAUUUUGCAGUGGAGCUUGUCCUAAACUGUGUAUUGGACAAAAGAAUGCCUUGCCAGGGUGAUACCCUUGAACUUUGGUCCCGUUAUAUGUUUCAUCAAAAUGAAUCUUAGUGCCUCAUUCCAGCCACAAAAGUGGUCUGAUAAAUAGUAGCAGUUCACCCGAUAUUAAACUCUUUUUCUUAUCUUCGGCAGGCUUCGUAUCCCGACAGACGUCGCGGGCGCAACAUUUAUGGCAGCCGGUAGUUCCAUGCCCACUCUGUUUAUCGCCAUUGCAUCGGUGUUCAUGGGUGAAGGAGACAUAGGCCUGGGUACUAUAAUUGGCUCGACUAUGUUUAAUAUUCUUUUUAUAUCAGCGAUCUGUGGAUUGUGUUCUGGAAUGGCCAUAGCACUUCACACGUGGCCUCUACUGAGAGACUCCUUUGCAUACACUGUUCAUCUAAUAGCACUGCUGAUUGCAAUUGAAGAUAAUACUGUACACUGGUAUGAAGCCGCUGUUUUUCCCUUCUUGUAUUGUGGCUAUAUCCUCAUUAUGUGCUACAACAAAAAACUGGAAGGUUUGUUUGAAAAAUGUUGCCAACGAUUUUGUGAGAUUCGCAAGGGAUUUGAAAUGGUUCAGAUGGACGACCCCGGGGAAAAUGACAGCAGAAGUUUCGGAGAUGACAACAUGACGGCAAAAUCUGAACGAGAUAUUGAAGAAAACCCUGAUACAGCUGGUCAUAACAAGACGAAAGAAAGCCAUGCGCUAGAAAGCCCGCCGUCACAAGUUCACGGUUUUUCUGCAAAAUCCCCGUUGGAGAUUCCCAAAAGCUCGUGUAAACUUGUUAUCUGGAUCAUUAUGCUGCCGAUCCACGCAAUUUUUUUCAUUACGAUGCCAGACUGCCGUAAAAAGGAAUGGGAGAGUUGGUAUCCAGUCACAUUUGUAGUGUCAAUAAUAUGGAUGGCCAUUAUUUCUUACGUGUUAGUAUGGACAGUUUCAGUAAUAGGCGAGACGUUUGACAUUCCUGAGUGCAUCAUGGGAUUGACUCUUCUGGCUGCUGGAUCGAGUGUCCCGGAUGCUAUGGCGAGUCUGGUUGUCGCCAAACAUGGAAUGGGUGACAUGGCACUCGCCAACUGUGUGGGUAGUAACAUAUUUGACAUCCUUUGUCUAGGAUUGCCAUGGUUUCUGGCCGCGACAGUUGUUCACCCAGGCAGCGUGGUCUUAAUCCACAGCGGUCACAUAGUUUACACAUCGUUGUGUCUUUUUGGCACUGUUUUAGUGACGUUGAUCGUCAUACAUCUAAACAACUGGUACUUAGACAAGCGUGGGGGAUGCAUUCUUUUGAUAAUCUACCUCAUUUUCUUAACAGUUGCUGUUAUUCUUGAAGCCCUGCCACGGGGGAAUGCGCCCAAGUUAAGCCCCCAUCACCCAAGCCACCUCCCAAAAAAGGGUUUGGGACACCACAGGAACGGUCACCUGACUCACUUGAAAAAAGUCACGUGA